CGCUGAAAGGCUGAACGAAAAAAUUGGAUGUAAAAAUAAAACAGAACAAUAACAUCUCUUUCCUCUAUUUCUUCGACAAAUUGAAAGUCACAUAGAUUGCCACACCGUUGCCGCCGCACCUUCCAGCCACCGCCUACCGUGCACCACGACUCCAUUCCUACGUAAUUUUGCAGAAAUCAUGGAUCCCUCUAUACUGGAGGAUUUACUAGCGGAUGACUCUGCACUUACGGAUUAUUUUGCAAUGUUGGACAAGUUGGAGAAGGAGGAUUCCUGGUACAUUCCCGAUAGGCUUGAGUUGUACCCAGGGCGUACGGAUUGUUAUAAGCCCAUCAGCGAGGCGGAUGUCCAGAUAGAAGUGGCUGAGUAUUCAGAAAAGGCCUUGGCUUAUUUUAACAAAACCUAUGACACAGACUAUAAGUAUGAAAGUAAUGGCGGAAUCGUCUAUGGUGAUCAGGAUCACUGUUAUGCUACUCAUUGCAGCUUCACUGCCAAGCCUGAUACAGUGCCUCUUACUCCUGGGGAUUUUUCCAGCAAGCUCUUCUUUGCUGAAUUUAUGCUCAGUGGUCAGUCGAAUUCUUCCCUAACUUGUUGUAGUCUGCUAGACGAUGCGGACUACAAGAAUCGCUGCAAGAUGUGCCCCAUGGGAGUGAUUUGUCAUCCGAAAACUUUCCAAGAUGGUUACAAACUACCCCUGGAUUGAUUUCUUAUCCAAUAACUGAAUUUUGGUGAGGAAGGGGGUUGGAUGAAUUGUACAUGAAAGGGCAUCAUAUGUGCCACUUGAAGACCAUGUAGUAAACUUAUAGUAAUGUGUGGUUUGCAAGACUAUUUGAAUGUAGCCUAAAUAUGGUAAAUGUGUGGUUUAGAAGAAAGUUUGAACUUAUAGUAAUGUGUGGUUUGCAAAUUUGAACGUAGCCUAAAUAUGGUAAUGUACCAAUGUGUGGUUUACCAGAAAGUUUGAACUUAUGCAGCAAUUAGUAAUGCAAAUUUGAACUUGAUUUCAUUUGGUUUG